AUGUCACCAGUAUGUCACAGUUUUGUGCAGAAUGCGUGGAAGAAAGAUUUUUGCUCAAACUGUUUCAAAUCACGCGAAGAACACGUUAAACAGGAUAAGACGACUGAAGGCGGCAAAUAUUUGGCUACUCCAUUACAAAACAGAAUUGGAUUCUUUAAGAAAACUCCACCGAGUAUUUUAAAGAAUCAAACGAAGAAAAUUAAUAAACGGAACGUUCGGUUUCCGGAGGAAGUAAGCAGUGUUAUUGGCUAUGGAGGAGAUGAUUGGUCCGACGGAGAGGAAUUUGAAGUUUCAGAAGACAAUGAGGAUGAAGACAUAUUUCCAGAUACGGAAGAAGAGAGAGAACUCUAUAAAAUAACAAAAUCUAAUACAGAUUUUAAUACAGUAAAAGCUAAUUUAUUAGGAGAUUCAGUUGCAAAGUCAUAUACUUCAUUAAUGUUAGGAAAAGUGCAAACAGAUUCCGACGGCAAGAAAAAAACAUUAAUGGUUUCAGUAACUCCUUUUGGUCAAGAAAAUAAAAACUCCAAUGUAAAGACUCAUACUCGCAAACCGGCCGUUAUACAUAUAAAUGAAGCACAGGCUGAAGAAGCAGCUAGUAAUUUUAAAACAAACAUCAUCCUGACAUCAUACAUAAAGGAAUCAGAGACUAUAGUUACUUCGGAAAGCGUUAGAUCAACAGAAGGUAUUUGUACCGAGAAAUCUUUAUUAGAAGAAAUAUCAGAAACGUUACAACAAAACAGGAUGAAUAACGGUAAUAAUAUUAAUCUAUCGCAUAACAACAACAAUAAACCUACAGUUAUCGAAGAAAAGAGAAAAGAAAGCAUGCAAGAUGAAGUGGAGAAGAAAGAAAUGACUGAAACACGUAAAAAUGGCAUCGUUAGAAAAUCUCCAUUAAUUAAAACCCAAGAGAGGCCAAAAGUUAAUCUCAAUAGAUCAGAAUUUAAGUUUUGUAAAAUCAAUAUAGAAAACAAUAGCGUGGAUUCUGCAGUAGGCACUUUGAAUUCGACAGCUAAUAACUCACUGACGUCAGACGAUGAGAGUUUUAGCGCUAAAACAGAUUCAGAUAAUGACGAUAGUGGACAUUUCUCUGAAACAAAUAAAUGCGAGGAAACUGUAAAGAUAAAGGUAUUUAAUGAAAGUGAGAAAAGCAACAAAAUAUCUCCGAUCAGACGGCUGAGACAAGCAGACGGAAAAGCGGGUAGUGGUUACAGCACCUUCCAAAGUCCAAUAAUUGAUAUGCCACCAAUUAUACCCAAACAAUCCGAUUCUGUCUUCUCUGCUGAAGCUAGUCGAGAAUUAGCGGGCGAACCUGACGGAAGAGCUGAUCCUGACGAGUCUAGCGAAGCACCAGCAUUACCCAAUAGUCCUGUACCUACUAUGGACCCACGACCAUCUUUCUUACACGGCAUUAUAACUGAUAUUAUGCCUUCUAAGCCCGCUGUACCAGAAAAACCAAAACUCCCUACUAAACCAGUUAUUAAACAAACAACUAAGAAGAGUAUGACUACUUCUAAUCAAAUCAUACAUACGCAUGGUACAAAGCAAAUUGAAGAAGAGAAGUCACGAUAUUCAAGCGAAGAAAAGAAUAAUCAGAUAAAAGAAGUACAUCAAGUAAAAACAGAAACAAUUUAUUACGCUAAGCCAGUGCUUACUAAGCAAGAUAGCGACACGUCACUCAAUAGUCUUUGCAAGCGCAAAGCACCAACCCCACCGAUUUCGCCUACGGAGGAAUACCCUAACAAUCUAUACCAAAGAAAUCAAAGUGGAUUCAUGAAAUCAGAUUCACCAGUCGUCAGAGAAUUGGAGAAGAGGGAAAGAGCCGUAAUUUCGUCAUCUCCGAAAACGAGAACACUUGAAGAUAUAGACAAAAAGGAUUCUCAGCCCGAACCGGCGCCUAGAAGAAGUAUUUCCUUGUCCCAUGACAAUUUACUUCUAGAUGAUAAACGAAAAGGCAAACUAAAGUUUUCUAUAAAGAAACUCUUACGUAUCGGUUCUUCAAAAGACCUGGAUAAAAAGGAGUUGAGUGUAGCCACAGUUACGAAAGUUUCACAUAAAACAGAAGAAAUUUACGAUCUGACACCGAAGCCGAAACCGCGACUUGUCAUCAUCCAUCCUUUAGACAUUAACGGAUCGAGUGUCGAAGUGGUGAAAUCAAAUUGCGAAAUUUCGGAAAGUUUGCGUCGCAUGAGUCAUGACGACGUUUCAAUUUACAGCGGAUGUAGCUCCGUGGCCGAUGUCGAAACGGCUAAAAUCUUAAGUAAACCGCCACCGCCUCCGAGGACAUCCAGUGACGAUGCAAAUUCCUCGACCAUUCCAAAACCAGCACGUCCUCCGCCACCUAAAUCAGCCGCUCUACAAAAAAAGCAAAAACAACAGACUUGGUCGCCAACGCUGAGCAAAACCGAUAACAUUUAUGCCAAUUUAGGCGAGAUAAGGUCAGCGCUGGCGCCAAGAAAACCUGAGCGCACGGCAAGUAUGCGCGAAAGGGAAUCACAUUUAGAACUCCUAAAACGCAGAGCCCCUCUCGAUGACGAUAAAGACGAAUUGGAUGGACAACAAGAGCUUGUGCAGGCCACAAACGAUACAGUCAUCCACAGCUACGACGACGUGUACAAUUCAGGGAAAUACGACGAGGAAGCUUGCGAUUCAGCGAAGAACAGCGAUAGUGAUUACGAAUAUGUUCACCACGCUCGUUCAAGUUCACCGGAAUGCGACGCCGCUAUAAAGCCCAGUAAAGUCAAUAUGGAGAUCAGACCAGACACAAAAAUCGAAGAAACUAACGUUGAAUUCCCCAAAUAUAACAACAGCUUCAACAGGUCGUCCCUCCCUUACUGCGGUAGUGAAACCGAAUCGGAAAUAUAUUCGCCAUAUAGCUUUUAUAAUUCAAACGACAAUAUGGACGGCUCCACCAACGACGACUAUCAAAAUGAAAUGACACCAAAAACCACAACUAAUAAGUUAAGGGUGAGGAAAGGGAGAAGUGUCGUUCACAAGAAUCUUGAGGAUAAUUAUGGAGCUGUUGUUAUUGCUAAUCAUGAAGCGUUAGCGCAAGUUUUAGAACAGGUCCAGCAAAGCGCCACCAUGCAACCGUCGUUACGGGGACUCAAAGCCUGCACGAACUUAAGGUGGAGCGACUUUAACGUUCAACCGCUAAAUAAAGGAUUUACAAAGGCAGGCAAACGCGUGUUCUACUCAGCGAUAUGGAACUCCAACCAGGGACCAGUUAACGUCACUCUGAUGCUGUACAAGGAUCAAAUGGCGUCUCAGAUCGUUUGCCAACAGUCUAUACAACCACAGACGCUCAGUUUGAACGCCAUCACGGAGUUCUGCGAUUUAGUGCCACUUCAGCAGUUCGGAGAGGAAGGCGAGGAUUUAGUACAAGCAACAAUUGUGGUACUUGGGCAGGCCCAGGUGGACACGAUCCAGUCAUAUGGGGAAUACCUCCACUCGACCGAGGGUCUAAGCAGCAAGGAGAACCAACUAGUGCAGACUGAGCAGAUGCACGAGGCAAUCUUCAUGUUGCUGCAACUUAUCAACGGACUCAAACUAAGCUCGCUCUGGGCACCCAAGACCAACUCCUACGGGCGACUAUGCAUUCUACAGGGAUUGAGUGACGAAGUCAACUGCAGCAAAUCAACUGACGAGGAGCAACACAGCUCCCUAUGUAAAUGUGCGAUCAAAGCCGUCGAAAUUCUCUUACCGGGGGAGAAACUAACCCCUCUCCUCAAGGAAGUGUUACAAGAAGAAAGGGCCAUAUCCUUGAACCAGGCGAAAUCCGUCCUGGAGUUCAUGCUAUGGGGGCCGCUUGACGUUGUCCAAGGCGUUCCCGUUGAAGAAAGAGAACUGUCUCUGCAAAGAUGGCUGGAUCUGGAGAGGGCGACGGUUUUGCAUGGCUUAGUAAGGACAAGGGUACAGUUAAAUGUGUUCGAGCAGCUGCAUUUGAUGUUCUUAGUGCGAUCGACGGCAAAAACUAUGUGCGAUGCCUCAGUUUUGUUGGAGAAGGCGAACGUAUACUGA